AUGUUCCUAGUCUGCCCGCGCUUCUUCCUCCUGGUGGUUCUGGGCACCCGAUGGGCGGGCUGGGGCAGCCACCAGGCAGAGGCCGCGCGGCUAAGGCAGUUCUAUGUGGCUGCUCAAGGCAUCCUCUGGAACUACCAUCCUGAGUCCUCAGAUCCAAGUUUGAAUUCUAUACCUUCCUUCAAGAAAAUUGUCUACAGAGAGUAUGAGCCAUAUUUUAAGAAAGAAAAGCCACGAUCUAGCAACUCAGGACUUCUCGGACCAACUUUAUAUGCUGAAGUUGGCGACACCAUCAAGGUUCACUUUAGAAACAAAGCGGACAAACCUCUAAGCAUCCACCCUCAAGGAAUUAGAUACAGCAAAUUUUCAGAAGGGGCUUCUUACCUGGACCACACGUCCCCGGCUGAGAAGAAGGACGAUGCCGUGGCUGCUGGAGAGGAAUACACCUAUGAAUGGUUCAUCGGUGAGGACAGCGGGCCCACACCUGAUGACCCACCAUGCCUCACCCACAUCUACUACUCCUAUGAAAACCUGACCCAGGAUUUCAACUCAGGCCUGAUUGGGCCUCUGCUCAUCUGCAGGGAAGGCACCCUGACGGAGGAUGGGACUCAGAAGAUGUUUGACAAGCAACACGUGCUUCUGUUUGCUGUAUUUGAUGAAAGCAAGAGCUGGAGCCAGUCACCAGCCCUCAUGUACACAGUCAACGGCUUUGUGAAUAGGACAAUGCCAGAUGUAACAGUCUGUGCCUACGAUCAUGUCAGCUGGCAUCUGAUUGGGAUGAGCUCGGGACCAGAAUUGUUUUCUAUUCACUUCAACGGCCAAGUCCUAGAGCAGAACCAACAUAAAGUGUCCACCGUCACUCUGGUCAGUGCGACGUCUACAACUGCCAACAUGACUAUGAGUCCAGAAGGAAAAUGGAUUGUUUCUUCUCUCAUCCCAAAGCAUUAUCAAGCUGGGAUGCAGGCUUAUAUUGACAUUAAAAACUGCCCAAAGAAAACCAGGAGCUCCAAGACGCUCACCCGAGAGCAGCGGCGGCACAUGAAGAGGUGGGAGUACUUCAUCGCCGCAGAGGAAGUCAUUUGGAACUACGCACCUGUGAUACCCGCAAACAUGGACAAACUAUACAAGUCUCUGCAUUUGGAUAACUUCUCAAACCAAAUUGGAAAACAUUACAAGAAAGUCAUUUACAGGGAAUAUAAAGAUGAGACCUUCACCAAACGCAUUGAGAAUCAAAGUAGCAGACAAAGCGGGAUUUUGGGCCCUAUUAUUAAAGCCCAGGUCAGGGACACACUCAAGAUCGUGUUCAAAAACAUGGCCAGCCGACCGUACAGCAUUUACCCGCAUGGGGUGACCUUCUCUCCUUACGAAGAUGGAGUCAAUUCUUCCUCCACCUCAGGCAGUCACACCAUGAUCAAACCAGUUCAACCAGGGGAAACCUUCACUUACAAAUGGAACAUUCUAGAGUUUGACGAACCCACGGAAAAUGACGCCCAGUGCUUAACAAGGCCAUACUACAGUGAUGUGGAUGUUACAAGGGACAUUGCCUCUGGACUGAUAGGGCUGCUUCUAAUUUGUAAGAGCAGGUCCCUGGACCAGAGAGGCAUACAGAGGGUGGCAGACAUGGAGCAGGAGGUCGUGUUUGCUAUGUUUGAUGAGAACAAGAGCUGGUACAUCGAGGACAACAUCAACAAGUUUUGUGAGAAUCCCGAUGAGGUGAAGCGUGAUGACCCCAAGUUUUAUGAAUCAAACAUCAUGAACACUAUCAAUGGGUACGUGCCUGAGAGCAUAUCCACCCUAGGAUUCUGUUUUGAUGAUGCCGUACAGUGGCACUUCUGCAGUGUGGGAACUCAUGAUGACAUUCUGACCGUCCACUUCACUGGGCAUUCGUUCAUCUAUGGCAGGAGGCACGAGGACACCUUGACCCUGUUCCCCAUGAGUGGUGAAUCUGUGACUGUCGUGAUGGAUAAUAUUGGAACUUGGAUGUUGACCACCAUGAGUUCCAAUCCAAGACGCAGAAACCUAAGACUGAGAUUCAGGGAUGUUAAGUGUAACCGGAAUGAUGAUGACGAUGAAGACUCAUAUGAGAUUUAUCAACCUCUUGAACCUACAUCCAUGACAACUCGGAAAAUUCAUGAUUCUGUGGAAAAUGACUUUGGCAUAGGAAACGAAGAUGAUGAUUACCAGUAUGAACUGGCGUCAACACUAGGAAUUAGGUCAUUCAGAAAGUCAUUGUUGAAUCUGAAGGAAGAUGAGUUCAAUCUCACUGCUCUCGCUCUAGACAACAGCUCUGAAUUCAUAUCUCUAAGCACAGACGGAGUCAUUGACUCAAAAUCCUCAAGAAACCUUAGUAAGAUCACCAAUAAUAACCUCAACGACUCUCAAAGAAUACUUUCUGGCUCAGGAGCCACCAUAGCUGCUACCCUACUUGGAAACCUUACUGGCUUAGGUGAGAACUCCGUCCUCAACCCUUCUACAGAACAUCAUUCCAGCUCAUAUUAUGAAAAUGAUAUGGAAGACCCACAGUCGAACAUCACAGUGGUAUACCUACUUCCUCUUGGUGCAAAAGGAUCAGGGAGUCCAGAACAGACUAAACCUAAAACAAUCAAGACAGGAAGACCCCACAGGAUGAAGCACAGGUUCUCCUGGAUGAAAGCUCCAGCCGCAAAAACUGGGAGGCAUUCAAAUCCAAAGGAUACUUCUUCCAGAAUGAAGUCUGAGGAGGACAUUCCUAGUGAUUUGUUACUCUUAAAACAAAAGGUUGCGUCCAAAUUUUUGAACAGACAGUGGCAUAUGGCUUCUGAAAAGGGUAGUUAUGAAAUAAUACCAGCAAAUGGUGAAAACACAGAUAUUGAUAAGCUGACAAACAGUCCUCAAAAUCAGAAUAUCUCAACGCCUUGGGGAGCUAGCACCUCUCGCAUAAACACAACAGGGAAGCCAAGGAACCUCCCAACAUUUUCUAGAUUUAGGCAUAAAUCUCCACAUGUAAGACAGGAGGAGGAAAGCGGUGACUUUAAGAAAAGACAGUUGUUCAUCAGGACACGGAAGAAGAAGAAGAAUAGGAAGUUUGCACUACACAGUCCUCUGUCUCCAAGGGGCUUUUACCAUCCGAGAAGAGAAGACCAUCCUCCACUUUUAGAUAGAAGACUACUUAAUCACUCAUUACUACUCCACAAAUCCAAUGAAACAGCUCUUUCCACAGAUCUGAAUCAGACCUCCCCUCCAAUGAGUACUGACAGGUCACUUCCUGACUAUAAUCAGAACCCUUCAAAUGACACUGAGCAGAUGAGCUCUUCUUUAGACCUUUUUCAGUCAGUGCCACCAGAGGAACACUCUCCAACAUUUCCUACCCAAGAUCCUAAUCAACACUCUACCACAGAUCCUAGCUACAGAUCCUCUCCUCCAGAGCCCAGUCAGGGGAUCGAUUAUGACCUAAGCCAUGAAUUUUAUUCUGAUAACAUUAGUCAAACAUCUUUCUUUCCAGACCAAAAAUUGGAUCAAACAAUUAUUUACCCAGACCUGGAUCAGUUGUUCCUUUCUCCAGAUGACAUCCAGAAGACCUCCUCCCAAGACCUGAGUCAGGUGACCCUUUCUCCAGAUGAAAACCAAGAGACCUCCUCCCAAGACCUGGGUCAGGUGACCCUUUCCCCAGAUGAAAACCAAGAGACCUCCUCCCAAGACCUGGGUCAGGUGCCCCUUUCCCCAGAUGAAAACCAAGAGACCUCCUCCCAAGACCUGGGUCAGGUGCCCCUUUCUCCAGAUGAAAACCAAGAGACCUCCUCCCCAGACCUGGGUCAGGUGCCCCUUUCUCCAGAUGAAAACCAAGAGACCUCCUCCCAAGACCUGGGUCAGGUGACCCUUUCUCCAGAUGAAAACCAAGAGACCUCCUCCCAAGACCUGGGUCAGGUGACCCUCUCUCCAGAUGAAAACCAUGAGACCUCCUCCCCAGACCUGGGUCAGGUGCCCCUUUCCCCAAAUGACAACCAGAAGACUUCCCCAGACCUAGGUCAGGUGCUCCUUUUUCUAGAUGACAACCAGACCUCCUCCCCAGACUUGGGUCAGAUGCCCCUUUCUCCAGAUGACAAGCAGAAGACUUACUUCCUAGACCCAGGUCAAGUACCCAUCUCCUCAGAUCAAAGCUGGGAGACCUCCUCCACUGACCUUAGCCUACUGACUCUCUCUCCGAAAUUUGGUCAGACAGUCAUUUCCUCAGACUUGGAUAAGAUGCCCCUCUCUUCAGACAACAGUCAGGUUACCCUUUCCCCAGACCUCAGCCUCUUGACCCUCUCACCAGAUUUUAAUGAGAUAAUACUAUCCCCAGACAUUGAUCAGGUGACCCUCUCUCCAGACCUCAUCCAGACAAGCCCUGCUCUUAAUCACAGCCACAAAACAUCCUCUGCAGACCCUGGUCAAGCAUCCUACCCCCCAGAUUCUGGUCAGUCUUCACCUCUUCCAGAACUGAAUCAGACUCUUCCUCAUCCAGACCUCAUUCACAUGCAGCCUCCUUUACUAUCUCCUAUGCCCAAUGACACUUCUUUGUCAAAGACAUUUAACCCCCUUGUUGUAGUAGGUCUCAGUAGAGUUGAUGGAGACGACGUUGAGAUGAUUCCAAGUGAGGAGCUAGAGAGCAUUGACGAAGAUUAUCCUGAGGAUGACUAUGUAACCUACAAUGACCCCUACAAAACAGACACCAGGGCAAAUGUCAACUCCUCCAGAAACCCUGACACUAUUGCAGCAUGGUAUCUCCGUAGCUUCGGUGGGAACAAAAAAUUCUACUAUAUUGCUGCUGAAGAAAUAUCCUGGGAUUAUUCAAAAUUUGCACCAAGUGAAAUGGACAAUGAAGACACAGACAACACUCCAAAGGACACCACAUACAAGAAAGUUGUUUUCAGAAAAUACCUUGAUAGUACUUUCACAAGCCGUGAUCCUCAGGGGGAAUAUGAAGAGCACCUUGGCAUUCUUGGCCCUGUAAUACGUGCUGAAGUGGAUGAUGUGAUCCAAGUUCGAUUUAAAAAUUUAGCAUCCAGACCAUAUUCUCUUCAUGCCCAUGGACUUUCCUAUGAAAAGUCCUCAGAGGGAAAGAAUUACGAAGAUGACUCUCCUAAAUGGUUUCAGGAAGAUGAUGCUGUCCAGCCCAAUAGCAGUUACACAUAUGUAUGGCAUGCCACUGAGCGCUCGGGACCAGAGAACCCCGGCUCCGCCUGCAGGGCUUGGGUCUACUAUUCUGCAGUGGAUGUGGAGCGAGACAUUCACUCAGGCUUGAUCGGCCCCCUUCUGAUCUGCCGGAAAGGAACACUUGACAGGGCGAGCAACCUGCCUCUGGACAUGAGAGAGUUUGUCUUGCUCUUCAUGGUCUUUGAUGAGAAGAAGAGCUGGUACUAUGAAAAGUCCAAAGGGUCAUGGAGAAUUGAAUCUCCAGAAGCGAAAAAUUCGCACGAGUUUUACGCAAUUAAUGGGAUGAUUUACAACCUGCCCGGCCUGAGAAUGUAUGAGCAAGAGUGGGUGAGGCUAUACCUGCUGAACAUGGGCGGCCCCCAAGAUAUUCACGUGGUUCACUUCCAUGGCCAGAUCCUGCUGGAUAAUAGGACCAAACAGCACCACUUAGGGGUCUGGCCCCUCUUGCCUGGUUCAUUUAAAACUCUUGAAAUGAAGGCAUCCAAGCCUGGCUGGUGGCUCCUAGACACAGCGGUUGGAGAAAACCAGAUAGCUGGCAUGCAAACGCCGUUCCUUGUCAUAGACAAAGAGUGCAAGAUGCCAAUGGGUCUAAGUACUGGUGCCAUAUCUGACUCACAGAUCAAGGCUUCGGAAUAUCUGACUUAUUGGGAGCCCAGAUUAGCACGAUUAAACAAUGGCGGCUCAUAUAAUGCUUGGAGUAUAGAAAAAUCUGCAUUAGAUUUUCCCAUUAAACCUUGGAUCCAGGUGGACAUGCAGAAGGAAGUUGUAGUCACCGGGAUACAAACCCAAGGUGCUAAAUACUACCUCAAGUCUUACUUUACCACGGAAUUCCAAGUGGCUUACAGCUCUGACCGAACCAACUGGCAGAUCUUCAGAGGGAACAGCAUGAAGAGCGUGAUGUCUUUUGCUGGCAAUUCAGAUGCCUCUACGAUAAAAGAGAAUCGAUUUGACCCACCUAUUGUGGCUAGAUACAUUAGGAUACAUCCCACGAAAUCCUAUAACAGACCCACCCUUCGGUUGGAGCUGCUGGGCUGUGAGGUGAACGGAUGUUCCACACCACUGGGCCUGGAAGAUGGAAGGAUACAAAACAAGCAAAUUACUGCAUCUUCAUUUAAAAAGUCAUGGUGGGGAAGCUACUGGGAGCCUUCCCUGGCCCGCCUGAAUGCCCAGGGCCGAGUGAAUGCCUGGCAAGCCAAGGCAAACAACAACAAGCAGUGGUUACAAGUUGAUCUGCUCAAAAUCAAGAAGGUAACGGCCAUCGUAACUCAGGGUUGCAAGUCUCUGUCCUCUGAGAUGUACGUGAAGAGCUACAGCAUCCUGUACAGUGACCAGGGUGUCUCCUGGAAACCCUACCGGCAGAAAUCCUCCAUGGUGGACAAGAUUUUUGAAGGGAAUAGUAAUACCAAAGGGCACAUGAAGAACUUUUUCAACCCACCUAUUAUUUCCAGAUUUAUCCGAAUCAUUCCUAAAACAUGGAACCAAAGUAUUGCACUUCGCCUGGAACUCUUCGGCUGUGACAUUUAUUAGAAUUAAAUACAAAAGAAAAAAAAAGGAAAAGAGAAUAAACGCUGAAGAAAGUCCUUCAGGCUUAAGUUAUUUAGAGCAGGCAAUAUAGUACUGGUAUUUUAAAUGUUAACAAACUUUCUGCUAUUUUUUCUAGUUGAGAAUAAAGUUUAUAUGAGAUGCUUUUAUAAUGUUCCUUUACCGCUGCCAUCGAGACAGCGACUAUUAUUUUUUUCACUGAUUUGGUUAUAAAUGGGAAAAUGUUAAGACCCGGCAAGACUAUGACAGUCUUUCACUCUGAUUAAAGAUAUUAUAUAAUGUAAUAGUUAGAUAAUGGAAUGUGAUUCACUCUGGCUCUUUUAAAUCCUGUAGACAUUAGCGAAAGAGAUAUUGCUUUUGGAAAGUUUUCAUGGACCCAGAAAACCUUUAUUUCUUUAUUUUUCUUUUAAAAGCAAACUGUAAUCUGUAAACAAUGGAAACAAAAAUAGUUGAGUUUUUUUUAAUACUAGGGAAAAAUAUCUCGUUGUAAUUAAGCAAGAACUUAAAAUAGCCAGGGUUGGGCUGGCUGGGUGGGCAAAAGUGCUUGCCGCCAAAACAAAACAACAGCAAACACAAAACAAAACAAAGCAAAACAAAACAAAACGAACAACCCUGGACAGCCUGAGUCCCAGUCCCGGAACCCACGGUGAAAGGAGAGAACAUAUUCCAGAAAGCGGCCUCUGACUUCUGCAUGCAGCUGUGGCACAUGCGUGCCCCCACGCCCAUGUACAAGCUAACCGUAAAUAAAAGAUUUUUAAAGCCUGUC